GCCGAGGAAAAGGGUUAGCCCGCCUGCAGGGGCGGUGGUGGCGGCGGCGGCGCAGCUCCGCUCCCUGCGCGUUGUCCUCCCCGCGCCCACGCAGGGAGCGCAGCCUUGCAGCCCGGAUGCGGCCGCCCGCCCGCUGCUGCCGCGCGCUCCCGGCGCUGCUUUCGGUCCUCAGCUGUUCGUUGGCUUUCGCAUUGGCUUCUAAGGAUAUAAAGAAAAUGGUCACACCAUCUAAGAAUUUGGAGAAAAGUGGUAUGUCAAGGAAAAAUGACAUAGAUUUAAAAGGAAUUGUGUUUGUCAUCCAGAGUCAAAGUAAUUCUUUUCAUGCAAAGAGAGCAGAAGAGUUAAGAAGAAGCAUCUUAAAGCAGGCUGCAGAUCUUACACAGGAACUUCCCAGAGUCCUUCUGCUUCAUGAGCUGUCUGAGCAGGAAGGUGCAUGGACCAUACUCCCGCUGUUACCUCACUUUUCUGUAACGUUUAGCAGAAAUUCAUCAUGGAUUUUCUUCUGUGAAGAAGAGACGAGAAUACAAGUUCCAGAACUCUUAGAAACACUCAGAAGAUAUGACCCCUCAAAGGACUGGUUUUUAGGAAAAGCAUUACAUGAUGAAGAAUCUACAAUAAUUCACCAUUAUGCCUUUUCUGAAAAUCCUACAGUUUUUAAAUAUCCAGACUUUGCUGCUGGCUGGGCCCUUAGUAUUCCACUUGUAAACAAGCUUACCAAGAGGUUAAAGAGUGAGUCCCUGAGGUCCGACUUUACAAUAGAUUUGAAACAUGAGAUUGCGCUCUACAUCUGGGACAGAGGUGACGGGCCUCCUCUCACUCCAGUGCCUGAGUUGUGUACAGACAGCGUGGACGCCCACUGUGCCACCACAUCCCACUCUUUUCUGCCCCUCUGUGGGAAUCCAGUGAAGAAGGAGGAUAUUUUUGUUGCAGUAAAAACGUGCAAGAAAUUUCACAGUGAAAGAAUCCCCAUUGUAAAGCAGACAUGGGCAGGUCAGGCCAGCCUCAUUGAAUACUACAGUGACCAUGCAGAAAGCUCCAUUCCUACAGUGGAUCUGGGAAUUCCUAAUACGGACAGAGGUCAUUGUGGAAAGACAUUUGCCAUUUUGGAAAGAUUUUUGAAUCAGAGCCAUGACAAAAUAGCAUGGUUAGUCAUUGUGGAUGAUGAUACAUUAAUAAGCAUAUCCAGGCUCCGGCACUUGCUGAGCUGCUACAAGUCUGGUGAACCCGUGUUCCUGGGAGAGCGCUACGGCUAUGGCCUGGGCACUGGCGGCUACAGCUACAUCACUGGCGGAGGAGGAAUGGUCUUCAACAGAGAAGCCAUCAGGAGACUUCUCACCAGUAAGUGUCGUUGCUAUAGCAAUGAUGCUCCCGAUGACAUGGUCCUAGGUAUGUGCUUCAGUGGUCUGGGAGUCCCUGUGACACACAGCCCUCUCUUCCAUCAGGCCCGACCUGUGGAUUAUCCUGAGGACUACCUUUCUCACCAGGUUCCCAUAUCCUUCCACAAACACUGGAACAUUGACCCAGUGAAGGUUUAUGUCACAUGGUUGGCACCCAGUGAGGAAGACAAAUCCUGGCCAGAGACACAAGAAGACUUUAAAGAAGAGUUAUAAGGCCUGGGGACCUGGAGGGCACAGUCUGGGCAGGGAAUAGAAGGCGAGAUUGUGGCCUUGGUCCUUCGUGCUGUCGUGAUGCUACUUGCAUGAGCAGUGUGGCUUUGGAAGCUUCCUGACUUUUUGUGGAAAUCCUGUAUAUGGUAUUUUUUGAGGGGGGAGGAAAGGGAGUCAUAGGGGAAACUUUUUUUUCUGGGAAGAAUACUUUCUUUUACAUUCUGCAGUAUUGUACCACACAACAAUUAUUGUGUGUUUUUCAAGCUGUGGCACAGCAGCUUUAUUCCUGUCACCGGAAAAUAAAUGGCACCAGAAGUCUCCUUUAUGGUCCUUCUCUUCAUUUUAAUGGAGGUUUCAGUUGGGCAUGAGACCAGAGAGAUGUGACUAUCAUUCUAUAUAGAGAGAGACAGAGGGAAAGAGAGAGACAAGGAACAUUGACUGACAUGGGUAUCACAGUGGUGCGAACCUUUUUACUGUAUUGCUGAUGAUGAAAAUCACUUUCUGGUCCCCUGGGAAGAUUAAUGCCAUCCUAGGGACGAAUCAUAAAACAUCCUAAGAGUCUAGCUAUGAAAUCCCCUGUAUCCUGUACAUAGGAUUGGUAUGUUUUAUCACUUUUUCCAUUUGUAGCUCAUAAAAAAAGAAGAAAUCUUCUGUGGGAGGUUUUCACGUUGUUAGUAAUUCCGCUGUGUUCUGUUUCUCCCUGAAGCCCUCUUUUUUUUACCUCAUCGUAAUAGGAAAGUGUGCUGGAUACUGCCAGAAAAUCGUGUGCUCAGUAUUUAAAACAAAAUUGUCCUGUUUUAUUCAAGUCAGUGAGCUCUAUGUAAGUCUCAGGAAGUGCAUUAAAUUAAUUUGUACCUGAUGUUUUGGUCUUACUUUUCUUUGACUAUUACUUGAUGACCCUCUCUUGACGGAGGAUAGAUCCCCCAACUAGGGCGCUGUGAAACCUCAGCAGGGGUGUCCAGCCUUUUGACAUCUUUGGGCCACACUAGAAGAAGAGUUGUCUUGGGCCACCCAUUAAAUACACAAACACUAAUGAAAACUGGUGAGCAAAACGAAGGUUUUAAGUAAAUUUAUGAUUUUAUGUUGGGAUGCAGGUUGGACACUCCUUCUGGUAGGGCCUAUUGGAAGGAAGGCACUGUGAUUUGGCAGUUUCCCUAGUUUCUUAAAGAGUGAAAUUUGAACAAAAUAUUUUGAAUCAGCUUUAAUUUUCAAACCAUAUCUUUACCAUAUAGUAAUCUAACACAUUCAUUAUUUAUAAAAAGUACUCUGUCAUUUCAUGCUUUAAUUAUAUAAUUCAGUUUUCUAAAGGUAUUUGCAUAAAAUUUGAUUU